AAGCUUCUGCAAAACAGACGCUUUCCAGACGGCACCAAAAACAAUGUGAAAGUGAUCUUAGCAAUCAGAAAGACAGCAGACAGCAGCUCAUCUGUAUUACUAGACCUAAUUUUUCUCAAAGAACUUAGAAAAAGAUCAACGAUGAACAUUACCGAGUCUGCGACCCCGUCGACUGGGCUGUCUUCAGAAUAUCAGGAUUAUGGAGAUGCUUCCACAACUAUGGGCGAUUAUGAAGGUGGGGAAAUAUGUGACAGAGCAGCAGUGCGAGAGUUUCGAAUGUACUAUGAGCCAGCUCUCUAUUGGAUAAUUGUGAUUCUGGGAGCCAUUGGCAACACUCUGGUGGUCUGGAUAUACACACACUUCAAAAACCGUCUGAAGGCAAUGACAGAUGUUUAUCUACUCAACCUGGCUGUGGCCGAUUUGUUCUUCCUCUGCACUCUGCCAUUCUGGGCAGCCGACUCAAUCUAUGGAUGGACUUUUGGCUCGGGCCUCUGCAAAAUUGUCUCUGCCGUUUACAAAAUCAACUUCUUCAGCAGCAUGUUUCUACUCACCUGCAUCAGCGUCGACCGCUACAUAGUGAUUGUCGAGACAACCAAAGCGCAGAACUCCAAGAGGGAUCGUCUCCUGUACAGCAAACUCAUCUGUGUGUUAAUCUGGCUCCUGGCGGCCGUGAUGUCCAUCCCAGAGUUUCUCUUCGCUCGUUCGAAAGAGGACGAUCAGGGCAAUCACUUCUGUAUGAUGGUCUACUGGAACAAUAAAAACAAUCAUACAAAAAUACUGGUCCUGGCUCUCCAGAUCUGCAUGGGCUUCUGCAUUCCUCUCAUAGUGAUGAUCUUCUGCUAUACCAACAUCAUCCGCACCUUGCUGAAGACGAGGAACUUUGAGAAGCACAAGGCCCUGAGGGUCAUCUUGGCAGUUGUGGCCGUGUUUGUUGUCUCUCAGUUUCCGUACAACGGCAUGUUGGUCUUCGAAGCCACUCAGGCAGCCAAUACAACCAUCACAAACUGCAAAGAGGUCCAGCGCUUUGACAUUGCUGGCCAAGUUAUGAAGAGCCUCGCUUACAUGCAUAGCUGCCUAAAUCCGUUCCUAUAUGCUUUCGUCGGAGUGCGUUUCCGAAAAGAUGUCUUUCGACUUUUCCAAAACCUUGGUUGUAUUCCAACCGUCAAGAGCUCCAAGUUGCUGCAGGGAAGCUCUCAUCGCCCCUCUGUUAUGUCGGACACAGAAACCACUAAUGCACUCUCAUUGUGAUUGGUGUCAGAACACUGUCAGUGAGGCAUGCUUAGAAAAGGCUUCUGUUUUUCUGCAGGUGCUUAGCAUCUGGUUUUCAAAGCAGAAGUUUGAGGUUCCAUAGGAGGACUUUGCAUGCUUGGAAACGAGCUGUCUGGUGGAGGGUGAAGUAACCUGCUCACCACAAAUAAAAUGGCUGCAGCCUUGAAUGCCUUGCAUAACAAGGGUUCUCUUUGUUUGACUGGGCCAUUAAAAUGAAUGUCAAAUCCUGUUCAAAUAAUUGUGAACUGUAUGAACAGUGUUGUGGCAGGGAGAGUGCAUUGUUACUGUUUUGCUCAUUUAACUGUUACAAUAUUUUCCAUCUCUUGUUCAGCAUUAAUAUUUUCAAUUCAUAUAAAUGUUGUAUGAGCAUUGAAUUUCUUCUAAAAGUGUUUUUCUUGGAACAAAAAAAAAAGUUUAUAAUUGUUAUUAUAUGAAGAUAUAUUUGUCUUUUGUUGCUGCAAAAGUAUAGCUGUGAAUAUUUUAUUCAUGAUUUAAAGCCAGUUGUGUACAUUCAGGAUAUUUGUGUCUAUUUUGCUUUUGAUUCACACCAAAAAAUAAAAUAAAAAAAAGUAUUAA